UUAAACUACACGUCCCGACGUCACGGUGUGCGUGCUCCAGUAAAUGUUGUGAAUAUGUAAUUGCGCCCGCACGACUGGCUGCUGCUAAAUUUGGCGUCACAGGCUGGUACAGUUGGUUGGUGAGGUGGUCUCUCGCUCGGAUGUGAAGCGUAAAAGGAGGUUGGAGAUCUACUGAUCAAUACGCGACAACGGGGAGUAACCUGAGCUGCUUAGCUGUGGAUGAGCUGUGCCACGAUGCGCCAAAAGUUGAGGCUCCGUAGGGAAAAAAGAGGAAAAUAGAAGAUUUCUGUUAGUUUGAAGGGAAUUCUUUGAGUUUUAUGGACAGGGAAGGAGGAGAAUAAUUAUCUGCCUUGUUUUUGUUGUCAAAGGAUGCUUCUACUUUUUACAGGACCUGCUCUCAGCCCGCUCAGCGGCUACUGACUGACCCUUUACGCACGGGAGAAAAAGCACCUCACGCAUUUCUUUCUUUUGCUGUAUUUUUUUCUUCUUCUUGUGGAUGAACUUUACGACGCCUUUUUAAUGAUUCGAGAUCUGAGCAAGAUGUACCCCCCGGCACGGCAUCCGGUGCCACACCAGCCGGGGCAGCCGUUCAAGUUCACCGUCACCGAGUCCUGUGACCGGAUCAAAGAGGAAUUUCAGUUCCUGCAAGCCCAAUAUCACAGUCUGAAACUGGAAUGUGAGAAACUGGCCAGUGAGAAAACUGAGAUGCAGCGACACUAUGUAAUGUAUUAUGAAAUGUCAUACGGGCUUAACAUCGAGAUGCACAAGCAGGCAGAGAUCGUCAAGCGGCUGAAUGCAAUCUGUGCCCAAGUCAUUCCCUUCCUCUCUCAAGAGCACCAGCAACAAGUGGUGCAGGCUGUGGAAAGAGCCAAACAGGUCACUAUGGCUGAACUCAACGCCAUCAUAGGACAGCAGCAGCUCCAGGCUCAGCACCUCUCCCAUGGCCAUGCCAUUCCAGUCCCGCUCACCCCCCAUCCAGCAGGCCUGCAGCCCCCUCUGCCCCCGGGUGCCAGUACUGCCAGCCUGUUGGCUCUGUCAUCAGCUUUGAGUCACCAGCUGCCACUUAAGGAUGAGAGGAAACACCACGAGAACAACAGUGAGCACACGAGAGACAGAGAUUCAGUUAAGAGUUCAUCCGUGUCUCCGUCAGCCAGUUUCCGGGCUGGAGAGAAACAUCGGAGUUCCAGCGAUUUUUCAUCCGAGAGCAAGAAGCAGAAGACAGAUGACAAGGAACUGACCUCCAGCCGCUAUGAAAGUGAUGGAGAAAAGAGUGACGACAACUUGGUAGUAGACGUCUCCAACGAGGAUCCUACCUCUCCUAGAGGAAGUCCUGCCCACUCUCCUCGGGAGAACGGAUUGGACAAAAGUCGCCUGCUAAAGAAAGAUGCCCCCCUGAGUCCUUCUUCUAUCGCCUCCUCCAGCAGCACACCUUCAUCCAAGUCCAAAGAGAUUAAUUUGAAUGAAAAAUCUACAACCCCUGUGUCUAAGUCCAGCACCCCAACAUCCCGCUCUGAGGCUCCCACACCCAGCAGCACCUCCACCCCUGGCCUGAGGCCUGCACCGAGUAAACCCACAGGAGCCGAGCUGCUGGCUUCCGGUCUCCGGACGCCGCUCGCAGUGCCCUGCUCGUACCCCGGACCGUUCGGAAUGGUUCCUCACCCCGGCAUGAACGGAGAGCUGAGUGGAGCGAGCGCCGCCUACUCCGGCCUCCACAACAUCUCCCCACAGAUGAGCGCAGUGGCCGCUGCUGCCGUGGCGGCAUAUGGACGCACGCAAGUGGUGGGAUUUGAUCCUCACCAUCACAUCCGUGUCCCAGGGCUUCCUCCCAACCUGUCAGGAAUUCCUGGUGGAAAACCAGCUUAUUCCUUUCAUGUGAGCGCUGAUGGACAAAUGCAGCCUGUGCCUUUUCCUCCAGAUGCUUUGAUCGGCCCUGGCAUCCCACGGCAUGCACGACAGAUCAAUACUCUCAGCCAUGGAGAGGUGGUGUGUGCUGUCACCAUCAGUAACCCGACUCGUCAUGUCUAUACCGGGGGCAAAGGCUGUGUGAAGGUGUGGGAUAUCAGUCAUCCGGGUAACAAGACCCCUGUUUCCCAGCUGGACUGCCUUAACAGGGAUAACUACAUUCGCUCGUGUCGCCUGCUUCCGGAUGGACGAACGCUAAUUGUAGGGGGCGAGGCGAGCACUUUGUCAAUAUGGGAUUUGGCUACACCAACUCCUCGUAUCAAAGCAGAGCUAACUUCAUCCGCACCAGCGUGUUAUGCUUUGGCCAUCAGCCCUGACUCCAAGGUCUGCUUUUCCUGCUGCUCUGAUGGAAACAUAGCUGUCUGGGAUCUUCACAACCAGACUUUGGUUCGGCAGUUUCAGGGUCAUACAGAUGGAGCCAGUUGUAUAGACAUCUCUAACGACGGAACUAAACUUUGGACUGGAGGUCUGGAUAACACUGUUCGGUCCUGGGAUCUGAGAGAGGGACGGCAGCUGCAACAACACGACUUUACUUCCCAGAUCUUCUCUCUGGGUUACUGUCCGACAGGCGAGUGGCUGGCUGUGGGGAUGGAGAACAGCAACGUAGAGGUUCUGCACGUCACCAAACCUGACAAGUACCAACUCCAUCUACAUGAAAGCUGCGUGCUCUCACUAAGAUUUGCUCACUGUGGGAAGUGGUUUGUGAGCACAGGAAAAGACAAUCUACUCAAUGCAUGGAGAACUCCAUAUGGAGCCAGCAUUUUCCAGUCAAAGGAGUCAUCCUCUGUGCUGAGCUGUGACAUCUCCAUAGAUGAUAAAUACAUUGUGACGGGCUCAGGAGACAAAAAAGCGACGGUCUACGAGGUCAUCUAUUAGGAAAGCUGGACUUAAAGGUCAUCCUUGAUCUGGACGUAAAGUCACCAUCAUCAGUAUAAAAAAUGUAUCCAAACAAACACAAAUACGUUCUGGGACCAUGACACUUUGACCUCCUGAUUCUGUUUGGUCGAGAAUCAAAAUGCACAAAGCACACAGAUUUUUUAUCUUCCUUUUAUUUUCAAGUGCCGUUCUGCUGGUGAAAGUAUAAAAGAAUGUCUAUGUACACUAAGUCUGAAUUGGCCAGAUAGCAUUCCUUUAAAUGACAUUUAACACAAGUAUCUCUUAUAUUUGAUUGUUUACAGCAUUUAGACAUAUCUAGCUUUAAGCUUAGGUGUUCUGAAUGGCACAUGUUUUAUAACAAGUUUUUAUUGUCAUUUCUGCAUAGUUUCUCUGCCUGAUUACGUCUCAGAAUUGACAUUAUGCCUUCAAAGGGUACAUGACAAAGAGGGGUCGUAAUUAUGCACAUGCAAAUUUGUUUUUAAGGAAUUGCAGACACUGACCAAUUUUUGGGCUCUUCUAGUAGAGAUGUGUAAAAAGCCUUUAAAUGAUUCAAUCUUUAUUGAGCGCAUUUAAAAAUAAAACACAGAAAAUUCCUCAUUAAAUUUAGUCAAUGAAGACAGUUUAUUUUAAAAAAUUGUUUUUAAAUUAUUUUUAAAACCACUAGUGGCACCAGGUUCCCCUCAUACUUCUUUUGUGCCUACUGUUAAGUAUGAUGAAGAAACUGUGAACUUGACGAGGCAUUUAUCUUUCAAAUACACUAGAAACUUAAUUACAGCUGUUGAAUAUUUGACUCUUUGACUAUACAUGGACAUUUUAAAUUGAAAUCCAACGAUGGUAGAAGUAGUGCAUCACGACUAGGUCAUUUAGGCUAAUAUUAAUCCAAAACAUUAUAAUUGUUCACUCAGCUAAAUUCAGCCUACUUCUGAGAUCUAAAUCUUGUAGAAAACCUGUGGAGUAAACUGAAGAGGAGAGAGCAGGAAAGAGGACCAAUGACUCUCAUCUGGAGAGAUUGUCCUGUUGCCUAAAGGAGAUUGUACAAAGUACUGACGGUAGGGGUAUCAACAUUUAUGGGUUUGUUGGCAACAAAUACUCAGAUUAAAGGUUGGUGUCUUUUCUCCGUAAAAUUAUGUUACCGCAGUAAAAGGUUAGUUUCUUUUAAAGGGGUUUUCACAUUUUUACUAUUGGUGCCAGCAAUGUAUCUGUAUGUAAGGGGCUUUUUGAAAGACAAAAUGAUUUUAAUAACAUGGGCUUCAAAGGCAUUAUGUUCAUAUUUAUUAUGUUGAUGCAUUUUGUUCCCUUCACUUUUAACUUUUAAACUUUUACAUGUUUUCUUAAAUACUUCUCAGAAAAGCCUUCCACAUGCCAGAAACACCAACAGUUAAUUUCAUUACAGUUGCAUGUUGAGGGGUGCUUGUUGUGAAAGCCAUCACAGAAAGUUUCUUUAAUAUCUCUGAGCUCCUUCAAGGACUGACAAAGAGAGGCGACAUGUUGAACAAACGGGGAGCUGACCUUCAAGGAGUACUUUGAGAGGACACGCUAAAUAAACACACUAAUGAAGAGGAAAAAAAGAAAUUGUCAUAGCCUAAGGACUUGUAUUGUAAAGACUAGUUUGCCUAAUCCAAAAACAACAAGAUGUCUACUGUACAGAGGUGUGUGAUGUAUUUAAACUGUAUUAUCUGCACUCAUUAAACAAACGUGUAAAAAAACAAUUUCCAAAUGUGCUGAAAGAUUCCUUUUUGUAUUUGAACAGAUGAGGUUUGUUAUUUUCUGUUUUCUAUUGUUUAAGAUGCAGGUUAUUACCCUUAGUAUUUUCUACCAGUAUUCCUGCUUAUGUUUCCCGCCUUUUCCUGUAUUUCAGCUUGAGGCUGGAAGUUCACACACACACGUGUGUGUUUUGUGUGUAUGUUUCGAUCUUGUGGGCGCUUUAUGAGCAAACUGCAGAGACAGCCAUCAGUGUCCUCACUCCUGACUGACCAUUGCACUUGGUUCUGUCUCCCAGUUUGGACUCCUGUGAAUGUUCUUUCACUCGCCUCUGAUAGUUUUUCUGUAAAACUGAUAUAUUGGUGUUUUGAAGGUCAGCUUUCUCAUUUUUGAGCUUGGUUUUCUGGUUGUGGACUUUUUUUUCUUUUUCUAUCUAUAAAAAAAGAACAAAAGUAGUCGUGAUCGGACAGGAUUAACUUUGAUUUAGUUCUGUUAGCUUCUUGUAAAAAAAAAAAAGACAGAAAAUACACAGUGCCUUUAUGCUUCUAUGCUUCUUGGAUUUCCUUUCCACUCUCCUGCUUGUUCAAUAGUACUCCGAGCACAAAUGUAACUUUGUUUUACAAAUGUCAUUAUUAUAAUUAUUAAUUUAACUAACUAUGGUAGCCACAGUCUCAGAAGAUACAUAGAGGUAAAACUUGUAUACUCACAGUCAGACAUCAUUAUUAAUCCAAUUCUGAUUAAUCUAGUCAAAUUUGAGUAUUUUUAAAACAUUUCAAAUGUUCAUCAUAGAUUUAAGUGGCAGCAUACAAAUCUUACUUUUAUUGUAUGGUAUUCAAUCUACUUGGUGCAAAAUCAUGUAGACUAACAGCAGGUUAAGUCAUCAAAACAUUGCAUAUUAUAUCAUUAUCUACACGAGUGUCUGAGGUAAAAUAUAAAACUGAUAAAUAUGGUCCAAAACUACUAUUUGAUCCAUGCAUCUCUCUUUUGUUCUCUGAAACAAUCCCACUGUAUGUAAUCUUUUAAAGCUGCAGUAUGUAACUUUUAUUAAGAAAAAAUGUCUUUUACAUAUUUGCUAAAGCUAACACUAUGUCGUGACAAAUAAUCUGUGAAGAAAUCAAGCUCCUCUGCCUUCUCCCACUAUAACUAUUGCCACAUGUAUGCACAGCUCCUGGUCAGAAACAACCAAUCAGAGCCAGGAGGAAAGUCUUAGUGCUGUUAAUUCUACCUGUGUAGGUGCAACUACAUGUGCCAAUGGGAGAUAAACACCUUACCGUUACAGCAAAACUCGCUUAUUUGCCGUCAUCGCUGUCAUACUUAAUCUAUGUAGUCUGAUGGAAGACUCUACUGAUGGGGAGAAGUCGUAGUGUAGCAGAGAGCAAGAGGAGGGUGUGGGCAGCAUGCAUACAAGCCUGAUUGACAGUGCUAAGACCCUCCUCCUCUUCUGAUUGGUUGUUUCUGAAAAGCGGUGUAUUUCUGCAGUUAGGACU